AUGAGAGAGCAAUACAAGCAUCUUGAUGCUAGCGAGAUUCCGCAAACGCUUUUAGUUCAGAGAAACAUUCAGGAGCAAAUCCACUCUGAAGACAGCAUCAACUUCUACUUCAUCGUCUUGGCCAAGCUGAUGUUUGAUUGGAUUAUUAAUUUUGAAAUGGGAAUCAAUGUUGCCCUCUGCUUGCUGUUUUUGGUUCUGUAUUCUAUACUGAAAAGAAAGCAAAUAUAUGCCAAUAUUUAUCUACCGCGCUUGGUUUCGGAGGGGAUAUCCCAACUGGGAGAUGGGUAUAGCUUUGAAAGGAUAUUGCCCUAUGUCAAUUGGGUGAAAGGGGCAUGGCACCCCUCAGAAGAGGAACUUUUGGCAAAUUCAGGAUUUGACGCUGUGGUCUUUAUGCGCAUUAUUACCUUCGGUUUGAGAGUAUUUGGAGUUGCUGCUAUAAUCGGGAUUUGCGUCCUUCUUCCAUUCAAUUAUAUGGGGAAUCAGCUAAAUAUUGACUUUACAGACUUGCCAAACAAGUCUCUGGAGUCAUUCAGUAUCUCAAAUGUUGAUGAUGGGUCAAACAGGUUAUGGGUACACUUCUGUGCUGUUUAUGUUUUCUCUGCAGUAGUCUGCUAUUAUCUUUACUCUGAGUAUGAUUACAUUUCAUGUAAAAGGAUUGGUUAUUUCUAUUCAUCAAAACCUCAGCCGCACCAGUUCACUGUUUUAGUUAGAAGUAUACCCAAGUCUUCUGGGAGUAGCUUCAGUGAAAGUGUUGAGAGCUUUUUCACCGAAUAUUAUUCUUCUACUUAUCUUUCCCAUUCUAUGGUUCGUCGGACAAGCAAACUAAAAGGGCUCAUUAAUAAUGCAGAUAAGUUGCAUAGAAGGCUCUUUCACUUGAAAUCUAAAAAUGAUACUCAACAAAGAUUUGGUCGAGCUGGUUUUAUGGGACUUUUUGGGGGGAGAGUUGAUCUUCUUGAUAGCUAUGAGAAGAAGCUAGAAGAUAUGGAAGACAAUGUGAGGACAGUACGAUCUACAAUUGCAGGAAAGGAAGUUCCAGCUGCUUUUGUGUCCUUCAAGUCUCGCUUUAGUGCUUCAAUAGCUACACACAUUCAACAAGGGGUGAAGCCUACAGAAUGGAUUACUGAGCCAGCUCCUGAUCCACAGGAUGUCUAUUGGCCCUUCUUUUCUGCAUCAUUUUUUAAAAAAUGGAUGUGCAACCUUGCAGUUAUUGUUGCAUGUGUUCUUAUUACUAUUCUAUUCCUUAUACCUGUUAUCAUAGUGCAAGGUCUUACUCAUUUGGAACAGUUGGAGAUCUGGUUCCCUUUUCUUAAAGGCAUACUUAGCAUAAAAAUUAUCGGCCAAGUAAUUACAGGAUAUCUUCCUAGUCUCAUUCUUGAGAUGUUUUUAUCUUUUGUGCCACCUGUCAUGGUUGUGUUAUCCUCCAUACAAGGGUAUAUUGCCCUCAGUCAGAUUGAGAAAAGUGCAUGCAUUAAAGUUCUGUGGUUCUUCGUAUGGAACAUCUUCUUUGCAAAUGUACUGUCAGGAUCAGCUCUCUACCGGGUUGAAGUCUUUCUUGAGCCCAAAAGAAUUCCUGAAAUAUUAGCUGUAGCUGUUCCUGGACAGGCAUCAUUCUUCAUUGCAUAUGUUGUAACAUCAGGAUGGACCAAAACCGUAUCUAAAGAACUUUUUCAGCUGAAGUCCGCUGUGUGGAUUUCCCUAAAAAGUAUAUUUUGUUGGAGUUCCGAUGAGGAAUUUGAGGUUCCUUCAUUUCCUUACCACAGUGAAAUUCCCAGGAUUCUCUUUUUCGGCCUUCUUGGUGUAACAUACUUCUUCCUUGCACCCCUAAUUUUGCCGUUUCUAUUGGGUUACUAUUGCUUGGGAUACAUAAUCUAUCGUAACCAGCUAUUAAAUGUUUAUGCUCCCAAGUUUGAAACUGCUGGAAAGUUUUGGCCUGUAGUAUAUGAUUCAACGAUAUUUUCCUUGAUACUGAUGCAUGUCAUUGCCAUUGGAAUAUUUGGUCUGAAGAAAGUUCCACUCGCUUCCAGCUUAACGAUUCCCCUCCCGAUUCUCACUCUCAUAUUCAACAGUUACUGUCGGAGAAGGUUCUUACCUAUGUUCAAGUCUUAUCCUGCUGAGUGCUUAAUAAAGAAGGAUCUUCACGAUCAGAGAGAUCCGACGAUAGCUUCUUUUUACGAUAAACUUGCGACCAUAUAUCAAGAUCCGGCCAUGAAUUCAGUCAGAUGUUCUGGAAACAGUGAGAGGAUCAACUCUCCCCUUCUUCAUUCUGUUGAAAAUUGA